GUGAUCAACUAUGAAAACGACUUGAGUGUGGAAGUUACUGUACGCCAGGAGGAGGGCCGCACUGUGUCCACUCUGCUGGUGGUCCGGGCCACUUUGGACCACUCUGGCCGCUACCAGUGUGCUCCUUCCAACGCGGCCCGGGCCUCAAUCACGGUCCACGUGUCCAAAGGAGAGGAACCAGCAGCCAUGCAGACCAGCUGCAGCCCCAAGAUGCAGCAUCACCAGCAUAUGUUGAUCUCUGCUGCAUCUGUCUACGUAGGAGUUUUCCUUCUGUCUUGAAAGGAGGGAGGGAUCUUGAGAUGAUUUCGGGGGUUAG